GUUGGGUAUGCUUGUUUUACAAUGUUCCUAAAACGGGCGUGUUCUUUUUCAGGUAGGAGAUGUGGCAUUGUCCAUAUUGCACAGUAUGGUAGCGAUGAUGCUGAAGAGAUUGUUACACCAACCCCCAGAGUAAAGAGGAUCUUGUCAAGCUCACGUUGUCUUCCACAUAUUGCACAAGCAAUGCUUUCUGGUGAACCGACUAUUGUUGAUGCUGCUGCUGCUCUGGUGAAAGCUAUAGUUACUAGAACCCAAAAGCAAUAUCUGAUUAUACAGUACAGGCGCAUUUUAUUUUGCUCUGGCUUACCCUGGAUCUAAUCUUAUUUCAAUUGCCCAACUCUUCUCAAUGACUCAUGUUUAUCAAACUUUUCAUGGUGGUGAGGAAGCUGCAGUUUCCUCUUCUCUAC